AUGGAUCAUUAUACAUUAGGCCAACACAGUCAACCCGGCCACACCGCAAGCUUUCAGUGGCUUUCUUUGGCUUACCAGGGCCUGUCAGAAAUCCCCUAUGAAACCAUUCUAACACAGACAGACACACUGGAGGUGCUGGACCUGAGUUACAAUCUGCUGGAUGAUCUUUAUUGGAACCCGGCUCUGCUGGGACAGCUGGAGAAGCUCAGCACUCUGAUCCUGGACUGCAACAGCUACACAUCUCACAUCAAGUUCCCCUACAUGCCGAGUGUCACCACAGUGUGCAUCAACAAGAACAAGAUCAACAAUCUGCCUGUGUUUGUGGAAGAAAUUCGACGAAAGUUCCCCAACAUAAAGAUCCUCAGUAUGAUGAACAAUGAAGCAGCACCUAGCUAUUUCAAUGGAGGAAGUCUGAACCAGUACAAAGACUACAGACAGUAUGUCAUCAGUCAGCUCCCAGGCCUGGAGAUUCUGGAUGACACUGAAGUCCUGGAGAAGGAGCGAGUCCAGGCUAGAAAAACCUACAGGCUGCAGCAGAGCAGUCACAGCAGCAGAAAGAGGAAGGAGGAUUCAUCAAAGAAACACACACACAUGCAGAAAAAGUCAAAUACUGUCAUAUGA